AUGGUGAAAGCCUUUAGACAUUAAAAGAAGUCAAAAUCAUAAAUUUUGAUAAACAACAAAGUGAGAAUUACCUUAAACAUUAUUUUAAAUUAAGUUAAGUAAAUAAAACAAUAGAAUUUAGAUGUUAAAGAAUUUUUGGAGAUUUGGAAUAAUAUUUUAGAUUAAGUUGAUGAUGAAGAUGGAAUUAAUGUGAAUUAUCCUAUUUUACUAACUGAUGAAUAAAUUGUGAAUAUUUUGGAAAUUAUAUAAAAUAACCUGCAUUCCAAUAUGUUUAAGAAGAUUAGUUAAUUAUCUUAAAAAAGAACUUAAAGAUUUAUGGAGUGCAGGGUUAUUUAAUAAAACUAUUUAAAAUCUAAAAAUUUAACAUUUCUUAUAGACUCCAUUUAUGCUUGAAAUAGUAGUCUAAACUCUUCCAAACCUUUCUUAAAAAUAUAAAGGAUCUGGAAAUGUUUCAGAAGAACUUCUUAAUACUAAAAAGUAAGGAAAAUCUAUCAAAAAAGAAAUUAUCAAAAUUUAUUUAUUAAGAGUAAAAAAAAGUAAAAAUAAUUUUAGAGGAAAAUACAUAUAAGUAAAGUGAAAUUUAACAAGACUAUGAGGAUCAAUAAGAUUUAAAAAGUUUAUAAAUUAUUCUUGAAAAAUUAGAAGGUUAACACUUUUUUGAAAAGUAUUCGAUAACUAAUAUAUCUUUGAUAAAAAAUAAAUAAUAAAUAUAAGUGAAGAUGAUUUGAAAAUUGUGAUUGCUGCUUUGAAAAUGAAGAUAUUUACAAUUUAUGAAUUCUAUUAAAACUUUAUAGAAUUUUAUCAUGAAUAAUAAAUAUAGAAACUUAGAUAAUUGGGAAAAGUUGAAAAUGUAGAUAGUUUUACGAUAGAUUUAUUAUAAUUUUCGGAAUCAUUAGCUAUAGAAAUGACAAUGAAUUAAGCAACAUAAGUUAAUUAUGAACAAAAAGGUAGGUUAAAAUUAAAAAAUGAUUAUUUUGACUAAAAUAAUGAAGAUGAUUUGAAAAUACAAUAUUUUGAUGAUUUGGAAGAUAACUAUAGGAAACUUGUUAGAAGCUCAGGAAAGGGAAAAGCUAUACAUUUAAUCAUAAAUCUUUAUAAGAAUUUUAUGUAGCCAAACAUAUAAAUAAUUUAAUUGAUAAACUUUAAUUCAUUGACAAUUAACUUACUCAAAAAAAUGUAAGUCAUUUAGAAAAAUCAGUAUUUAAUAAGAAAGAAUUUAAUAUCUUUUUAGAAAAUUACUUUGGGUCUUCGAGAAUAUUAAAAGAAAAUCUAAAACUUAAGAAUGAAAAUAACCUUAAAUUAAUUUCUAUUGCUAAAUUAUCUGCAAAGAAAACAUUUAAGGUAGCUUCUUCAAAUAGUUUUUGUUUAUUAAGUUAUUUGUAAGUGUAUCUAGGAGAGUAAGAUUUUUCAGGUAUACAUAUAGAAAAAACAACUUUUAAAGGAUUAUCUUUUUAUAAAAGCAAAUUAAAAAAAUCUAUUUUUAAUGAAGUAAUUAUUGAUUCUUGCCUAUUUGAUCAAGCUAAUUUGGAAGAGGCUAAAUGGACAAAUAUGAUAUUUUCUGAGAAACCAUUAUUAUAAGGACAUAAAGGUAGUGUUGUUGUAAUAUAAUAUUCAAAUAAUGGUAAAUUUAUAGCGAGUGGAGACUCACAAAAAGUUAUAAAAUUUUUGGAUGUUGCAACAUUUUAACAAGAAGGAGAAAUUAGUGAUAUUUCUGGUAUACCAAAAUACUUAGUGUUCUCGGCUGAUGAUUAACUUUUAUUUGUAGGUGAUGAUACAAAUAGAAUUGAGUCUUGGUUGAUAAGUGAUCUUAAAAAUAUCAUAAAAUUGAGAUAUUUAAUUAAUAAAUAAGAAAAAAUUAUAAAAAUGCAAUUGUCAUCAGAAUAGAAUUUGUCAUCAUCAUUAGUAAAAUUUUGA